AUGUCGGCGAAAAUAUCACAUAAGAGAUUGAUGGUAUCCAGCUAUUGGUGUUGGGCGGCCCAAUAUGGUGGUGAAUCUACGAGAAACUCAGCGCUGUCAACGGUCAACCGCAUUUCUUAUUGUGAAACUCCCAUUCCAGUCUUUUGUAAAGGAAAGCACUCAGAAUUUCUAAACAAACGUAUCGUGUCUGAGAAUAUUCGUUCAGCUCGACGUGUUCGAGCCGAAUGA